UGUAGGCUGGAAAUCGUAUCAUAACAAAACAAAAACAAAAACAGGACAGUCAGUUUUAAAGACUAAAUAUUAAAAAAGAAUAGAAAUUGAUUUCCACAUUUAAAUCAUCCGUAACAAGAACAGAAUAACAUUAGCUUCUGAUGAACGUAUCAAAUUAUGACAAAAUCAAUGUGAUUUGCAGUUCUCGUGAAUGAAUGAAGGUCCAUUCUGUGAUUCACCAUGUGGAACAGAACAAGCAUGCAGGCGUGUGAAUUAAAUCUGUGUCUCUCCGUCUACAUCAUCACCUUCAUCACCGGUUUCCCCGCCAAUGUUCUGGCCUUCUACACGUUCUGCCGCAAGGUGUGGAAGAAGCCAGCCCCCAUCGACAUCCUCCUCCUCAACCUCACCAUCUCGGACCUCCUCUUCCUCCUUGUCCUCCCAUUCAAGAUGCAAGAGGUGGUGGAUAACAUGAUAUGGAACAUGCCCUACUUUCUGUGUCCUCUGUCCGGCUUCGUAUUCUACAUGACCAUCUACAACAGCACCUUCUUCUUGACGGCGGUGAGCGUGGAGCGUUACCUCGGUGUGGCCUUCCCCAUCCAACACUCGCUGAGAAGACGACCCAUCUACGCCGUGUUAGCCAGCAUCUUCAUCUGGGGGUUCUCCGUGCUCCACCUCAGCAUCGUCUACAUCAUGCCUUACUACAAUCCGCCCGGAACGGGAUCGGUGCCCCGGAACAUCUGCUAUGAGGGCUUCACGGACGCUCAGCUGCAGGUCCUCCUUCCCUUCCGUCUGGAGCUGUGUAUCGUUCUCUUCUGCAUCCCGUUCCUCAUCUCCAGCUUCUGCUACAUAAACUUCAUCCGCAUCCUCUCGCAGCUGCCCAACAUCGGGCGGCGCAGGAGGCUGCGGGCCAUCGGUCUGGCUUUGGGCACUUUGUUAGUCUUCGCUCUGUGUUUCGGACCUUACAACGUCUCUCACGUGGUCGGCUUUGUAAAGAAGGAGAGCCCGGAGUGGCGGGACAAAGCGCUGCUGCUCAGCACAUUCAACGCUUGUUUGGAUCCUUUUAUUUUUUACUUCACGUCCGCUGCCGUGAGGAACGCGUUGGGCGCCAUGGUGAGGGGGGUUUGGAAUAAAUGCAGGUGUCCGCAGGUCCUCUGGAGUUCAAAAAAGAAGAAACCUUCCGAAAUGGAGAAAAGCAACCUGCCGAAACCACAAGAGAUCAACGCAGUUUGACGAAUAAUGGCAGACCGGGAAACAAUGUAUCUUUUCAGGAAUGACACUUGGUAAACAUGUCUAAACUUCCUGGAAAGACGAGCCAGCGCACGGGCGUGCUGGGAGUGGCAAAACAACAGAAUUCACGUUGGUUGUGUUAUCUUCCUACGGGAAGAAAAACGCAGCGCUGAAACUCUUCAUGUGUACACAUAGAGACUGAAUUGUGUGUCUGCAAACAGAGGAGGAACUCACUUUGAUUACGUUUUGCGCGGAGUGUUUAUUCAGCCAGAAUUAAAACCACAUCGCAGACAGAGUCUACAUAACAAACUUGUACCCAUUAUUCACGUCCCCCCAAACAAAGAGAACGACGGAGGCCAUUGAUUCAUACAGCUCACAGAUGAAAGAGUCACAUUCACCGACCAUCAUAUGAGCAUCAACAGAAGCCCGUCAUUUAAAACAGUCACAUUUCACAUCUUAGAAGGUAAAUGGCUGAGAACUGACAGUGUGGUUUGGAGAUGUGGCUCGAUGGCUAGAGCGUUAUGUUGGCUGAUAGCACGCAAUCAUCUGGCAGACGUCUAGUUGAAAUCUGCAUUUACAUCUCCAAAACAUUGUGUGCUCAUCUGCAAUACGCAUCGGAGACUUCUGCUGUCAGAUGCAGAGUUAUUAUAGUUUUGAUUUGAGUUUUAUUUAUCCAUCUUUUAUUUUUAGAUUUUUAUUUUUUGUGAUUUUUUUUAGUUUUGUGCAUUUUUGGUAUAUGCUUUUGUUAUUUAAUCAUUUUUUGGUUUAUUUUUAAAGUCGGGGUGUGCGAUUUCCGAAUUACCCUUGUUUAGACAAAGUCGGGCCAAGUACCAAAACAACCUUUUACCCUUUUACAGACAUUAGUCGAGCCGAGCACUGACAAAAGCGAAGAAUGGUUUGUUGGUUUUGGUGCUUUGAACAUCAACAAGGCUAAGAGAAAUCGGACA